AAGACCGUCACUGGAACUCGACGCUAACACGUCACCUACAGCCCGUGCUGCGUUUGUUGGCAGUUAGCCUAGCAAAGAUGGUUGACACAGGAAGCAGUCCUGUGCAGCCACGACGAGUCUUUUAAGAGCCCAUAACGUUUGAUGCUCAGCGCGGCAGACAGGGUUCCGUGUCCUAAAUAGAUAGCGUUUGUUAUUUGUGUCAGAAAAUGGACGACGUGGAGAUUACAGACGUCGAUGACGGUGACGUGGCUCAGGUGGAGACGGCGCCGCUCCAAAACAAGGAUCUGACUUCCGUGAGCCUUAUUGUGGGAGAGCUUCUGUCCCUGUAUGGGUGGCACCUGCUUGUUGUGACUGUGUUGGUCUACCUGCUCAUCCAGUACCUAAGCAAGAGGAGGUCCAGCCAGAGCUCCGGCAGUUCACCCACAGAGACAGCACAAGAUCGUGCGCUCGUGGAGAGAAACCAAGAGGCCAUGGAAGCAGCCCGGAGAAAGAUGCAAGAGGAGCUUGAUGCCAAAGCAGCCAUCUUCAAAGAGAAACAGAAACAGCAAGAAGAAGAGAAGAGGAGGCAGAAAAUAGAGAUGUGGGAGAGCAUUCAAGAGGGUAGGAGUUAUAAAGGAGUUGCAAAACAAACAACUGAAGAGGCCAGCUCAUCGACAACAGUGCUGAAACCAAAGACGGACAAGAGGCCACUUCGCAGCGCAGACUACAAUCCCCUGGCAGGGCCUGGAGGAGGCUCCUGCUCCUGGAGACCUGGCAGGCGAGGGCCAUCCUCCGGUGGAUGAGGUUAAAGAAGGUCAGAGACAUUGGUCUGUGCGACCUUUGACCUCUGACAUCCUCACAUGCACACUGACUGACUGAAACAAGCUGACAAUAUCACCAAAGCCACACUUAAUCAAUAUUUGAUUUGACUUGCUUCAUACUCCUACUGGGGUGGUGAUGGGUUAACAUCAUUAAUAGCAUAUACCUGCUGUCCUAGUUUCUCUACUGUUCCCUCUAAUCUCUGUCUGCUUCUUUGUUAAGCUCAAAGAUACUAUGAUUAUCACAAAAUCAUUCUGACAUUGAAAGCUUUGUAAAUGAAGCAUUUCUUGU